GCUGCGAGUGCCAGCUGGUUCAAGUUGGGGCUCGGAGAGAUCGCCCAGCUGAGGAAAGAUUUUUUUUUUUUUUCGUUGGUUCUUUUCUGUCACGAGGGUCCCACAGUGGCAUUGCAGUGGUGUGCGGUCUCCGACUCAACUGUCCCCAGCGACGGGCUGUUUCGAAAGCUGCGAAGCGAGCAUAUGAGGUUGGAUGAUGUGAGGUCGAGCUUGCUGUCUAGCCCCUGAGGCGGCCUGGAGCGGGAAAACGGACCAGGGUCUUCGGGCCAAGGGGACUCCCUGUUCGAAGCACGAACGCCUGCUACGCCUACGCUUUUGGACUCCUUCCCCACAAAGCCCUUGGGGGGAGGUUCUAGAAUCUCCACAUCAGGGACCCUUGAGUGGAAUCUGACAUUCGACGGACAAUUCAACGACCAGUUUUUUCUCUCGUGUUGCGAGGGGAUCCCGGAGGGCUGAGGGCCCUGAUAAGCAGGCCACACGCAUGCACAUGCGCUGGUCGCGCAUCCGGGAAAACACCUGUCCUGCGAUCUUCGAGAAUGCGGUGAGGUGGGCGUGAAUAUGACAUUGCCCGCCUGCCCUCGGCCGGACACGACGGCCAGCCAGCCAGCCAGCCAGGCACGGGCGCCGGAGCUUGGGACAGGCUGUGGAUCUGUGUUCAAUCAGGGGCAAAUUAUAUGAAUCGACAGCGGGGGGCGAUUGGCGGUCCGGGGGUGGGACACGAACACCGCUCCGUCGCAGGUGGUUUUCACAUAAAUAUCGUGCCGGGUUCAGCCUCCAGAUAUGUUGAGGACGCGAGGAAACGACUGCAAAACCUCAACCGACCCGACCCGACCCUCUUUCAAAACAUCUAGACUGUCUCAUUUGCUCUUCGUAUUGCGACUCGUGCUGCAGACUGCCACCCUUGCCUGUUUCCACUCCUUUAGUUCUCCAUUUCCUAUUCCGGACACAGGCGGUGAGGAUUCGAGAUCCACCGUGACUUUUUUUCCACGUUCGGGAUGCCGCCAAAGGGUACCAAAGAAGGGUCGCAUCACAAGUUCUUCUCACUACGUGGCAAGAAGAAGGAGAACCGUGUCAAGAAGGGCCUGUCCGAAGCACUGGGAGCAUCCCUGGGGGCCAUCGGCCUCCGACCCGAGGACGAAGGUGAGGCCCUACUCCGUACCUAGCCCGACCACAACCACCACGCAUGCCCCAUUUGACACGUUGCCCAUCCCCAUCAAUAAAGUAAUAAACGCGUCACCUUGCAGUUGCAUCAACUGACAACAACACCCGUCUUCUCCCCAGAAGCCAGCAGCGUCUCCAGCAAAUCCUCCGCCCCAGGCACUCUGCAACACCAGGCAUCCCGAGAUUCCCUUCAAUCCCUUGAUAUGUCCCUGUUCAACCACCUCAAGAGAUCCUCCAAGCACGACAAGUCAGGAAGCUCCUCCCGCUCCAACUCUGUCGAGCCCUCCAGAGAGGUCCCCCGCAUCAUCACCACCACCCACGCCCCCUCCAUCGUCAACAGGGAUCUCCUCAAGCCCAACAUGUCCCGCCCUCAGGUCCAGGACCGCGCGGUCUCUUCCACAUCCGCCUUCUCCGCUGCCUCGGAAUCUACCAUCGCGCCUGAGGAGGAGACCCGGAAUAGGUCCAGCAUCCUCGACCGGGCAAAGUCGGCCAUCCGGAGCCGGUCCGCAUCCCGCAACCCCUCCGAGUCGCCCGACAGUGCCAGCAGGAAACAGCUGGCCCCGAGGGGCAACCACAUCGUGACUGAUGCGGUCAACACCUUCCGCGCCAAGCUCCAGGCCGAGGUCAAGGGCACAGACGAGCAGAUACUGUCUGCCGGCGUGUCAAGCGAGAACCUCUUCGGCUUCAUCGCCAAUGAGCGUCUCAGGAGAAUGCCCGCCAGGGGCAGCCGCUGGGACAAGAUCCUCAAGUGGGCUGAGGACUUUGCCAAGAAGCUGUCUCUCUUCGAGGUGGCCGACGAGAACUUCAUUCCUUCCUCCAAGGAGGCCGUCGAGCUGAUUCUGGCUUCCAUUCAGCUCCUCCUUCUGCUUGGCCCGCAGAACGGCGAGGCUCUGGAGAGGGCCUUCGGCAUCUACCACGAGUAUGGCCUCACCUUUGACUUUUAUAAACGUAAUAUCAGCCUUCUCGUCUCCAUCUCAGAGGCCAGGAGGUACCUCAGUCUGUCGCUGGCCGACAUGCUUGGGCUUUCGGUUGAGAUGACCAUUCUCUACCGCAAGAGCGCCCGCUCCAUGACCACCAGCAACAGCGUCACCAUCAACUUCAACCUGACCUUUGGUCACCGGAUGGAGUCCUUCAUCAGCCACAAGGACCGCAUUGCCGAGCUGAUGUGGACAUGGCAGCUCGAGAACUCGGCCGAGAUCAGUGACAUCCAGGUGUCCAUCGAGAGCAUCCGGCAAUGGCUGCUUCCCCAGGAUCGCCAGCUCCAGGCCCAGGUGGCCGGCCGCCGUUCUGUCCGCACCCCCCGUGCAGAGUUCACGUGUGAGUGGCUCGACCGGCCCCUGGUUGAGUUCGCCCGCAGCAGAGACAGGGUUUUCACCAUCACAGCCGAGGCUGGUGCCGGAAAGAGCUUCCUCUUUGGCUGGAUCCUGGAGCGUCUCCAGAGGCGCGUGGGCCACCAUGAGUACCAGGCUAUCUCGGCCUCUGUCGACAGCCAGGUCCCUGCCCAGGCCACCCAGAUCGCCCUUGUCAAGACCCUGUUGCUGCAGCUCCUCGAGCAGAACGUUGGCAACGUCGCUCUGUUCCGCUGCCUCGCCAACGUGACCGAGCUCGGUGCCAACACCAGCAGCACCCAGGAUGCUGAGGAUGCUCUUUGGUACACCCUCGAUACUGCCCUCCAAGGCCUCGAGAAUGUUGUGCUCGUCAUCGACGGCCUGGACUCUCUCGAGGGCGACGAGGAGGAGAAGAUCGAGGCUUUCGAGCACCUCCACGAGAUCGCCACCAAGAACAAGAACAACGUGCGCGUGAUCAUUCUGAGCCGUCCGCUGUCUAAGCCCUGGCCCAAGCCCACGCGCCAGAUCGCCAUGACGGCUCAGCGCACCACCGUUGAUGUCAGGCACAUGGCUCGUGCUUGGCUCAUUAGCCGCAACCUUGGCACUAAGCAGGAGAUUGAGGAGAUCUCUGAGCAGAUUGCCGUCCGCAGCAAGGGCUCCCUCACCUGGGCUGACAUGUCCCUCCAGCUUCUGUCCAAGGCCAAGACUACCGCCGAGGUCACCGCUGCUGUCAAGGAACUCCCAAGUACCACCAACGAGAUCCUGGCCAAGCACGUGAGCUCAAUCUCACUGAGCGGCGAUGCUCGUCUGAUCAUCGCCUGGCUCCUCAACUCCAAGCGACCUCUCACCACUGUAGAGAUCCAGGCUCUGCUUGAGCUUGAUACCCAGAAAUUCGCCCACCAGCCUCGCUCCACCAACAUCGUCGAGGACAUCAAGAAGGCCUGUGGAUCUCUCGUCAUUGUUCAGGACAAGACUGUCCGCUUCCGCAACGAGGCUAUCCGCCUGCAGCUCCUAGAGCUCAGCAAGAAGGAGAACAAGGACGGCGAGACCGCUCUUCUGACCCCUGCCGAGGCCAACAAGGACCUGACUGCUCGUCUUCUCCUCUACGUCAAGACCUGUGUCAACCGUAAUGUGGACAGUAGCCUGGACACCAUCACCCGCCGUGAGGUCGACAGCCUGUUCAAGAGCCACGCUCUUCUUGAGUACGCGACUCGUAACUGGCUGGAUCAUUUCAAGCGAUCCACCUACUUUGCCAGUGGCCAGAUCCAGACCGAACUUGUUACUGGGGAGCUCAAGGGUUACUUCCCCAACUCCACCCUCCUCGCCCGUUUGGAGAAGAGGUGUUGGGACAACCAGGAGCUUGCAACCACUGCCAACUCCCAGCACGUCCUCGCCCUUACAGUGCGCCGACAAGCACUGGGCGAAUCCGCCCAGGUUGUGCUCCAGAGUUCCAUCAACGUUGCCCAGUCCUUCAAGAAGCUCUCCGCCUCCGCCGAGGCCAGCAAGUACUUUUACCAGGCUGCCAAGAUCGGGCAGACAAUUCUGGGCCGCACCAGCGACCUGGCUCUUGCAUGCGCCACCGAGUCCUUGGACAUCUCGGCCAAGAACAAGCAGAAGGCUACCACCCGCGACGAGGCUGUCACGCAGCGCGAGGAGCUCCUCAAGUAUGUCAUUGAGGCUGAGAAGCAGCGCUCUGGCAACAACAGCGCUCUCGCUUCCAAGUACAACAACGAGCUCGCCGAGCUGUAUACCAGUAUCAAGGAGACUGAAAAGGCUGAGGCGGUGUACCGUGAUGUCUACAAGACGUCGAUUGCCCAGAACGGCCAGUUCUCGGCGGAGGCUACUGUUGCCGCUGAGAAGCUCCAGACCGUCCUCUACAAGAGCUCCAAGCACGAAGAGGUCGUCCAGUACACUCAGCCUAUCUUUGAAUCUGCCGAGCGUAACUUGGACAUCUUUGAUAUCCGCCGUGUUGAGAUCACUCUGCGCAUGGCCGACACCUACGAGCAGAAGAAGGACUACACCCACGCCGAGGAGCUCUACAUCUCUCUGUGGCGCGGUCUGACGGAGUACUGCCGUAGCACCUCCCUGACUGCUGCGAAGGCCACUCAGAAGUCCAUCUCUGAGGCUCACGAGCGCAAGAUCCAGAUCAGCAUUGCCUAUGCACGCUUCCUGCGCCGCCAGGGUCGCGAGGCUGAGGCUCAGAACAUCCUCCACGGUGUCUGGCUCGACUACCAGACCAUGACUGACUACAAGUCCGAGGCUGUCGUCAAGCAGCUCAACGACGUUGGCGAGGAGCUCAAGUCCAUGGGUAUCCUGGACACUGCUAUCGCUGUCUUCAAGUCCGUCUGGGGCUACUUCAAGGGUUCUGGCCAGCAAAACUCUGCCGCUGCCGUCAGCACUGCGGUUUCUCUCAUGGGUGCUGUUCAGGAGAAGUCUGAGAAGAAGGAAGCUGAGGCCGACAAGGCCAAGGCUGCGAUCGCUGCCAAGGGCGGAGUCCAGAUCGAUGUCGUUCUUGACACCGAGGCCGAUUUCGAGGAGAGCGACGAUGAAGAUGAUGAGGCCGAUGCGAUCCUGGACGAGGUGAUCAAGGCUGCCGUCGCGGCUCCUGCGGCCCCCGCUGACACCAAGUCUGCGACCAAGACCAGGGAGGUUGCCGUUGUCACCAUUGAGAGCCAGAUCCAGACUUGCGAGACGCUCUCCAACUUCUAUGUCAGCAAGAAGAAGUGGACCGAGUGCAUUGAAGUCUGCUCCCAGUUGCUCAAGCAAAUCUGGCCCGAGCUCGGCACAUCUGCGAAGUACAGCUUCCCUAAGGAGCAUCGCGAGGAAGCCAUCAAGUUUACUCGCCGCCUGGCCCUGGCCUAUGCUGAGUCGAACCAGACCGAGUCCGCGGAGAAGAUGUACAACGCCAUCUUCCAGUGCUCUCUCCGUUCUGGCCUGAAGAUCCAGGAUGAGUUUGUCACAGAGUCUGCCAACCAGCUCAUUGAGUACCACAAGCAGACUCAGCAGUGGUCCAAGGUCCUCGCUGUCUACCAACAGCUUCUCGAGGGCUACAAGACAUCUCUUGGCUCUCGAAACCCCCUGACUAUCAAGACACUAUACAUCAUGGGCGACCUCUGCAUCCAGUACCGCCUGAAGGGUGCUGACCGCUACUAUCUUGAGUUGGUUCGGGCUGACAAGAACCCCCAGGGCGUCAUCAGCAAGGACACAUUGCCAGCUGCCGUUGCCCUUUCCAAGAUCUACUACGAGCAGAAGCGUUGGGCCGAGAUCCGCCCUGUCUACGCCUCCCUGUGGGCAACCUUCACCAACAAGGCCAAGGAGUACAACUUCUCGACUGAGCUCGUGCAGACUAUCUACAAGAGGUACACGACUGUCCUCGACACGCACCUGAAGGUGAACGUCGAAGAGGUCCGCAAGAUCGCUGUUGAGUACCGCGAGACCUGCAUCAGGGUCUACGGUCCCCAGGCCGAUAUCACACAGUCUGCGUCGCUGGCUUUGGUCGCCAUCUCUCGCAAGAGCACCAACGUUGAGCACCAGCAGGAGGCUGUGAAGAUUUGUGAGGAGGUUGUUGCCGAGUCCGAGAAGCGCAAGGCUGCUGAGGGCGGAAAGGAGGGCGGCAAGGCCGUUGACGCAAAGAAGUCCGCCUUCCAGCUCUCUCUCCUCGCAUCCGCUAAGCGCCACCUCGCCGGUCUGUACAGUGUUCAGACCCAGGCCGGCGGCGCGGCUGCCAUUGCUGCUGGGGGCGCCGCUGGUAGCAAGCCCAGAGGUGUCGUGAGCCCCGAGUCCGCCCAGAAGGCUGAGGCUCUGUGGAAGGAGCAGCUCGAGAUCAACAAGAAGGAGAAUGGUGUUGCUCACAAGUCAACCCUGGCCAGUCUGGCUUCCCUUGUCGGGGUCUGGGCUCGGUCUGACAAGCCCGAGGUCCGCAAGCAGGCGCAGGAGAAGCUUGACACUUCCGUGGUCGAGGUCCUCUCCGAGUCCUGCGUCUCUGGCAAGUCGAGCGUCGAUUCCACCAAGCUGCACGAGUCUGGUAUCACCCUUGCCAAGACUUACCUGUCUUGUGGCUUCUCCAUCCAGGCUUGGGCUCUGCUGAAGCAGCUUCGCUUCCACGUCGUUGCCCGCGGCAAGAUCGCUGGUUCUGUUUCUAUUGAGAAGAACACCAGCAUCGAGCUCAGCGAGAACAUUGACCGCCGCUCCAUGGUCUUUAUUGCUGCGUUCGAGGAGUCCCUCCGCAGCUCCGAGGCCGCAACUGCCGCGGCCAACGCUGACAAGAAGGUCAAGGUCACAUUCUCGGACAUCAUGACAGAUCUGCUGACCGAAGGCAUCCUGUACGACCGUUACAGCCUCAGCAUCUCCGCCAAGGACCUGUCGGUCGAACAGAAGCUGUUCGAUGGUGCUCGCCUCUACGUCUUCUUGAAGGCCAACAAGGAGCAGCAUGCCGAGCAGCUCGUCACUGUGGAAGAGUCCCUCUACAAGCUCUUCACAGAGAAGUAUGGAGCUUCUGUCAAGACUGAGUCGCUUGUCACCCGUGCCUUCCUCAUCGCCAUUAUCGAGGAGCUCGGUCAGCUUCGACUCCACGAGGACGACCUCGUGUACAUUGCUUGCACUUCGGUCACCGCCAAGGUGCAUGCUCUUCUCCUGGUCGACAGCUAUGCUCAGGCUGUCGACCUGGCUACCGUUUGGUACCAGUUCAUCUCCAGCCAGAACGGCUUCAAGAACGCCAGGACGAUCCCCUUCGCGUUCAAGCUUUCGCUCUACCUGGCCGGCCUGGGCGUCAAGUCCAACAAGGCAGCUGACGCCAUCAUGCAGAACCGCAUGCUGGAGCUGUCCAAGACCAUCCUCCGCGAGACACUUACCGCUUGCAGGAGCAUGAACAUUGACCUGAUCCAGCUCCAGGCCUCCGAGCUCAACAGCUUGGUCCGCCUCAUGGGUCAGCAGAAGAACUACGAGGAUCUUGAGUGGCUCCUCACCCAGCUGUGGAAUUCACGUAUUAUACAAAGUUCCUGGUCAGCAACCACAGUCAUCGCCGUCGGCCGUCGGCUGGUCGAGGUCCUAUUCGUCCGAGGCAAGCGAGACCAGGCGAUUACCCUCGCCGAGUCCAUGGCUUACAACUUGCGCCGGACAUGGGGUCUGCUGGACGCGGCCACGGUGGACAUGAACAACCUUCUCUCGUCGCUGUGCGUCUCCGACAAGCGGUACGCCGAGGCCCUCGAUGUGCACGAGGAGAUCCUGCGGGCUCUGCUCGAUCUCAACAUGUCUGGCGAGGACGACGUCGACGAUGCCGCCUCGGAGCUCAUGGACUUCGACGAGGAGAACGCCGCCGCGCUCGCCCUGCAGCAGCUCGAGCUCGUGCGCCGCGUCUACGCCCGCAACUCCGGCUGGCCCGAGUCGGAUGAGCUGGACAUGGCUCAGCUCACCACUGACGUGGUCUCCGAGUUCAGCCACCUGGCUCCCGAUGCGUACGCGCCCUUCGGUGACGGUGACUCGUCCAAGUGGAGCAGGAACGCGCCGUCAGUCAACGACACCAUUGGUACCUUCACUGCGCCCUCGGUUUGGGAGUUUUCUCUUUCCGAGGACGGCAAACCGGGCCAGCCCGCCGCGCUGCGCAAGAGCCCCAGCCACAUGCUCCGCAGCCUCCAGCUGUCGCGCCAAAGGAGCUAUGGCGACCUCUCCGAGGCCCGCAAGAGGCUCGGUGACCAGAAAAGCGGCCCAGCUACCAGCAAUGCGUUGCUCGCCGCGCCUGCUCAUUAAGCGGGUGCUUGAUGCCUUAGACAGCAUCGGGAGAGAGGACGAGCCCGGAGGGCCUAUAUUCACAUACGUAGUAGAGGUGUGUGAUGAGCAAGAACGAGUGAAGAUGAGAGGCGCUAGGGAAGUGUUGGAGCUUUACCUUGCGGGGCUUGGAUGUCGCAAGGAGGAUGAUAUAUUCGUUACAAUGAUGUCUUACGGCGUUGUGCUUGUGGCGCUGGUAUUGUUUUGGGUUAGGCUGGUGGAUGUGGUGUACUACUAGUUGUGUAUCAUUGGUUGUAUAACUAUCAUGACUAAUAUGUGUAAUAACAUUUUUUGAAAGUUGAA